GCCGCCGUCGCGGCGCUGGUGCUUCUGGCGGAAGAUGGCGGAUCUGGGCGAGUGAGAGCGGGAGUCGCCGGGAGGCCAGCGGCGGAAACACGGAAGCGCCGAGGGGGGCACGGCCUCUGAGAGAAGCAGCGGCCCUCAGCGCACACAGCAGCCGGCGCCAGGGGGAGGGGUAGCGAGCUAGGCUGAGUGGCAUGCGAUGGCCAGCUCAUCGGACAGUGAGGAUGACAGUUUUAUUGCCAUGGACACAGAAGAAGUAUUGGAUGGGCCCAUGGAGCAGGACGAAGAAGCUCAUGUUGAAUUGGAAGUUGAGGAAAUGAGACAUAACCGCUCAAUGUUAGAAUUGCCUGAAGAGGUGCUGGAAUACAUCUUGUCUUUUUUGUCUCCAUAUCAAGAGCACAAAACAGCUGCUCUUGUUUGUAAACAGUGGUAUCGGCUUAUUAAAGGCGUGGCUCACCAGUGUUAUCAUGGUUUUAUAAAAGCUGUUCAGGGAGGAUAUAUUCAGUGGGAGAGCCGAACCUAUCCAUAUCCUGGGACUCCGAUUACCCAGCGCUUCUCGCACAGUGCUUGUUACUAUGAUGCCAAUCAGUCUAUGUACGUCUUUGGGGGUUGCACUCAAAGCAGUUGUAAUGCAGCAUUCAAUGACCUCUGGCGGCUUGACCUCAAUAGCAAAGAAUGGAUCCGACCGCUGGCUUCAGGUUCCUAUCCCUCUCCAAAGGCUGGAGCCACAUUAGUUGUGUACAAGGAUCUUCUGGUGUUAUUUGGAGGUUGGACUAGGCCAAGCCCCUACCCUCUACAUCAACCUGAAAGGUUUUUUGAUGAAAUACAUACUUACUCGCCUUCCAAAAACUGGUGGAACUGUAUUGUUACAACUCAUGGACCCCCUCCGAUGGCCGGCCAUUCAUCUUCUGUAAUAGGAGAUAAAAUGAUUGUAUUCGGAGGGUCAUUAGGCUCUCGACAGAUGAGUAAUGAGGUCUGGAUUUUGGAUAUGGAGCAAUGGGCCUGGUCCAAACCAGCAACUUCGGGUAAUGUGCCUCAUCCGAGAGGUGGGCAGUCCCAGAUUAUUAUUGAUCAUGAAACUAUCUUGAUCCUAGGAGGUUGUGGAGGACCCAAUGCAUUGUUUAAAGAUGCAUGGCUGCUACACAUGAACAUGACCCCUUGGACGUGGCAACAGCUGAAAGUGGAGAAUGAGGAGCAUGGAGCACCAGAGUUAUGGUGUCAUCCGGCCUGUAGGGUUGGACAGUGUGUGGUAGUGUUCAGCCAGGCACCCAGUGGUAGAGCCCCUCUGAGUCCCAGCUUACAUUCCCGCCCAUCUCCUAUCAGUGCCACACCACCAGCCCUUGGUGCAGAGAUGAGAGAACAUCGCUCACAGUCCCCUGUACGGAGUACUGAUGAAGUUCCGUGUGUGAAUGGACGCUGGGGCACGUUGAGGCCAAGGACACACAGGCCAACUACAUCCAGUUCUCGGGAAGGCAGUCUAUCUCCAGCGAAAGGAGAAAGGUCACCAGUGUUAAAUGGUGGAACAUUAUCCCCAGUAUCCUUAUCUGGUUCUUUGGAUAGCCCAGUGCAACCAGGAUCCCCUAUCCCUUCGGCUGUGGUGGAGGGAUAUGAUCUUCGAGGUUCUAUUGGAGGACUUCCGCAUGUCAUGAGGCAAAGCACACCAGUGGAACAGAAGGCUGAGUCAGGAUUAGAUUCGUAUAGGUCCCAGGAUUUGGUGAAUUGGGAUUCAAAACCCUCUUCCAGCCAUGGAGUAGAGGGAAAUGGGACAAGCCCAGGAACUGAGAUUAGUGUUGGGAAUACUCCAGAGCAAACAAAUGGAAUUCACACACCACCUCAUGUUGCGAGUGCUUCCCCAGGCCCAGUUUCACCAGGAGCACUCCGAAGAGGACUGGAGGCAGUGAAGGAUUUCUUACCGCAAAGUUCGACAUCCGUUGUGCCAGCUAGCUCAAGUUCAGUUCCUUCAUCUGUAUUGCCAGGAAAUCUUGGUCAAAGUUCAAACAGUACUGAUGUACCACUACGCCCUGCGCCCGCCCAGGCAGAUGGACAUGCUCUGCCACCAAUUGCACGGCGAUUAGGCCACCACCCACCUCAGUCUCUAAAUGUAGGGAAGCCCUUAUACCAGAGCAUGAACUGUAAGCCAAUGCAAAUGUAUGUUUUGGAUAUAAAAGAUGCAAAAGAGAAGGGAAAAGUUAGUUGGAAAAUUUUCAACAGUGGCUCAGUUGUAGGCCCACCAGAAACCAGCCUCCACACAGUGGUGCAAGGCAGGGGAGAAUUGAUCAUUUUUGGAGGACUGAUGGACAAGAAACAGAAUGUGAAGUACUAUCCAAAAACCAAUGCGUUGUAUUUUGUGCGAGCUAAGAGAUAAUGCACCGCCUGCAGGUAUUUCACCUUACCUGAUGCACACCCAUAAGCUGUGAAUUCAAAAAAAAAGAUUUAGCUGUAAAACUACUCUGGAAGUGGUUUAAAGUUUGCUGGCUAAAACACAAAUUUUACUCCAGUCCAGUGAGUUUGUUAUAUUCAGACUUAUCUAUGUUAAUUUGAUUCUUGCUAUGUUCUCGAAAGCUUCUGCUGCUUUCAGUACUGAUUGGAUAAAGAAGUGGUGCGUGAACGCUUCCACCCAUCGCGGUAGCUCAUGUGGUAUGCUACAAGUUAGCAAACUCGCUUUAGCUAGGUGAGAUCUUACUAUAAACAAAUGCAGUUGCAUUGGCAGGGCACAGGGAGUCUGCAGUGCCCAGUUUGAAGCUGUAGCUUCAAAAUGCCCAAUUCAUUAAGGUGGGCCAUUUUGUGAUUCAAUAACUUGGUUGCAUCAUUCAGUCUGCUCUGUGACAUUUCUUUACCAAAUCAGCUAAUUGACAUAAACCAAUUAUUCCAAGAAUUGCACAUGCUGACCCCAAAGCCAGUUGAGUUGACACAUACAUACAGGUCAGUGAAAGGUGCUGUAAAGCAUUUCAAUUUUCUUUUAUCACAGUUUGUCACUUAAUUUAUUUUUUGAGGAGAAACAGUGUAGGUAAUGUAUCAAGAGAAGUUUAACUGUGGACACAAUUAAUGUACUCGUUCCUCAGCAGAAGGCAGCAUUAAACCUGGGUAUACUUGUCCAGUUAGACACCGAAUAGCUCAUUCCUUGUUGCGCUUUUCCACAUUGGGGGAAAAAGCACUAAGCCUCAUUGCUGACAAGGGCAUCAGUGUACCUGUCCCAUUAUUGUUGGGAGACAGAAAACCGAGCAAUAUUAGUGUUUCUGGACUUGAACUGAUGACGACGUAGAAAUGCUUGGGAGAUGUAAGCCCUACAGCUGCGUCUUUGCCACCCCAUUAGGAUAAAUUCAAUAUAAAUAAAAGGAGGCCUUCUUUGUUACUGAGUGUGGUGGUAAUCAGUUAGAUUGUGCAGAAACCUUACAUUAUUAUUAAAGUCCCUCUAUUGUCUGUCAUGGUAAACUGCUUUAUUUCACUUCAGGUAGAACAGAAGCUGGUGUUUCUGUAUAUUUAAAUAUCAGAGAGGUAGUUGGUUCAGUUGUCUUCGUUUGGGAGCAUCUCACAUCCUGCCGGUUUCAAUUAACUCUUUUCAAUGUCAUAAUGAACUCAUUAGGAGAUGAUUGCAGAAACCUUUUUUUCCUUUUGUAAGACAUGUAUUUUAGUUUUUGACCUCUUUCAGUCUUUCAAUUAUGGCUAUUUAAUUGGCAUCAUGAGAUGGCCUUGUUCACCAGUUCUAUAGGGGUGUCAGUUUGCACCAUAAACAGAGAAUCGUGUUAUUGAAAUCACAUUGGAAUUUGUUUGUAUUUUCUUUUAUUCACCUAUUCCAUAAUCCAGUUUAUAAUUAUCUCCAGUAAUUGCCUCAAAGGCUCAGUUUGGAACCAAGUUGCCACAGGGAAGUGGGUACAGAGCUGCAAAUUUGCAUUAGGAACAUUUCCUGAACAAUUUUCUUUGUUAUUUUUGUGCUGAUUUUUCAUUCUUGCCCAGACACCCUGACAGUAUAAUUUGCUGACAUUUUAUUGCAAGUCACUGUUUCUGUGGCAUUGCUUUUAGGAUUGCUUCAGUGUGGUGAGUUGUACGUGUAAUUUCCCACACAUACGGGGAAAUUACGUAUACAACUUGAGUUGUAUCUUGGGUAGCAGCCAAGGCGAGACUACAAAAUGGAAAACUAAGACAGAAUUAAGCUACCUCUGCUAUAGGUUUCAUAGUGUCUUUGCAGUUACUUGUAGUGCUAAAGACAGUCUUGCCUUCUAAUUUUAUUUGCUCGCUCUGUCUCCUUUCCCAAGUUUCAGUGGGAGGAGAGGUAACAACAUUGAAUCACGGCUCUUGCAGCUUUCCAUACGAGACAUGGUGUGAUUCAACCUCACGAACAUAAGAUAUAGUGGCUGUAUUUAGGGCUAAAGGUGAAUUUGAAGCACGUGUAAACGAUCCCCUCAGUGUAAUGUAUUGUGUCUUUUAAAGUGAGACAGUUUGUAGGCAAAAAUGGUGGUCUUAUUUCAUUCACUUUAUUACUUGUUCAAAUGUAACAAACUGCUGAUUUAAAAAGGAUGCAGAAGCUUGUGUAAGAUUUAGUCAAGAGCAGUAAAAAGGAGGAAUUGGAUCUUUUGAGACUGAAUGCCAGUAAAUGCAGGCCGUCAGAUAAAGAAUUUGCUCCAUUUUAUGGAGGCUAGUGACCGAAGAUUGUAGUUUUCAUAUUAGAGCUCAAAGUCAUCUUGAAUUUUGAUGGGCAAGUGAGGUUUUGAUUACUAAUAUGUAUUUGUGUAACCAUCUACAUAUUAUCUAGAAUAUAGAGGAACUGCAUUCAAACCUGGUCAUUACACAAGUAGAGAAGGAUAUCCAAUACAGCUAAUAGAUUCGGUGGUUCACACUGCCCCUUCAGCUGUAUUUGUUGUAUGAUGGUUUGGAGUUUGCUUCAGCCAAUGCGUUUGUAAAAUGCACAACAUUUUAUGUAAUGUGACAUAGUCAAGAGACCCAAACAAUUUUAUACUGUUUUGGUUUCUCUGGAGAUGUCAGAUCCUUACAAAAUGCAGUUCAGUAAUUGUAAAGUGUUGAUAGUUGCUCCUAAACCCAGAGAAUCCUGUCAGUCCUUGAGGACAUAGGGAAGCGCCUCUGGAGAAACAUGAGCUUGUCACAGCUCGGAGUGCUGCAAUUUGCUGGAAACUUUUGGCUGCAGUAGAUGUACAGAGUGAUGCCCUGCUGCCCAAGGUGACGAAUAUGUUGAAGGCAAUAAUGGGGCUUUAAGUUGCACAGAUAUAAUCCCUUUGCCAGACCUGCUGCUUUCAUUUUAUUUUCUACAGAUUUUAGGAAAUAUAGGGAUGAACUAACAUGCUGCUCAAAUUCGAAUCAAGUGAAUAUAGCUGGUGUGAAAAUUUUUACUUUUUGAUGUGUUCCAGGUUUAUGACAGGACUAUUGGUGGUAUGGGUAUAUAUCUGGUGAAUACUUUACAUCCUUCAAUUCAUUGAAUUCACACCCUGCUUUGAUAAGGUCUGUGGUGCCCAUGUAUUUGUAUCUUUACGCAGAUAAAGCCACAGCUUUGGUGCUAUUUAUGUUGGCCUAUCUUCUGACGAGAUUGAUUCAGAAAAUCAUUGUGUUAAUAGUAAAUUCUAUGCAAAAUUUUUAUCCCCAAAACUUGGUUGUUCAGAUCUAAUGUGACUUAUCCUUUUGCUGGUACUUAAAAAGUUUGAGAAUCCAUCCCUUUUCAUGCAGUCAUUGUGUCAGUUGUGUAUCUAUUGCCUCUAUAAACUUGAUGUGGCUCCAAGAUUAUAUGCCUGGUAAUAGGUGUUUUGAACCAGUCAAUUAUCUGUUACAAAUGUGGUAACAUGAUAACUAAAGUAGACAGGUCCACAAUGCACUAUGGCUUGUUGAUGGUUGACCAUCUGAUCUCACUCGUGGGACUUGAUGGGGCAGAUCUUUGCUGGGGUUUGGGAUGUUUUUCACUGGUGGCCAAAAAAGUAUUAUUUGUUAGUGUUGUCCAGCACAAACAGUGGGAAGUCCACUAGUAGUAUGUGUAGGUAAGUUGUACAGUUUUAGCCUGUUAUUAAUCAGCACGUAUCCCUGUCUAUUUAACGUUAUGCUCUGCCAAUCCGUGCCUAUAAGAAAGAGGUCCAUGCCAUUUUGGAUCCAUUCACUCUGCAGGUGUAGUCUGAUUUAAAGACUCAUAUAAUGUCUUGCCCUGUGUCAGAUGCCAGAUUGUAUAGUAGUUCUAUUGAUAUUUCAGUUACCAGUACUGUACAUGGCAUUUUGUCUUUGCACAUCCUGGCUUUUCUGGCCUGAUUUCACUAUAAUAAGCACUUGGUCAAUCACCAAUUAUACUUAGAGACUGGCCAACUUUUGACUCUCACUUUCCAUUGCCUUUAGCUGUUAGCAGUAGAUCUGGUGAUUUCACAAAUUCAGCCCUUGUGAAACUGAACAUCAAUACAAAUUUGCACAAUAAACUUCAAAUGCAAAGAAUGCCACUCAAAACCUGAAUUUAUCUACUUAGUCUCCUCCUGAAUAUUCUGUCCAUUGUUGUAUUAAGCAGAGCGAUUAAGGGCAACGUUAAUUUUCCUCUGCCAGUUUCCAUCAUUGCCUACAGGAAAUAUUUUCACUAUUGUAAGAACUUAUCUAUUUCUCAACAAUUUAAAUUUAAACUGGCGCUUUUGACUUCAUGAGUUUUCUUAAUAUCAGUUUUGCCACUAUUAGAAAUUUUUCUCUUAAUUUUAUACCCAUUAUGAUUUUUGUUUCAAUGAUGAAAUAGUAGAUAAAUUCCAUCUGAGACAUCAAGCUUGCAGGUUAGUCCUAUUUACAAUAGCCCACCUUCAGAAGAGUACCUCUUUACUCCACAUAUUAACUCUCCAUUACCCAAAUCAGGAUCAUAUUUUUCUGUGGACCAAUUCCCCCUCGAAUGGACAAAUAUUUCACAUGGGAUCAUUGUAGCCAGCAGACAUAGGAAUAUUGUUCUGUUAAUCCAUGAGGUUAUAGAAUAACCUUAACAUAACAUUUAGGAUUUUAACAGAUUUAGGGAAGGAAACCUAAUUAAAGGAAAGAUGGGUACACAUUAUAAUGUUCUCAGAACUUCUCAAAAAGACUUUGUAUUCAGUGAAAUACUUUGAAAUUCAUUCACUUAAUAGAUAAGUGAAAACAAUUUGCAUAAACUUCUACAAUUUUGUAAAUGAGAUAAAUGACACAUUGUGGUUUCUCUUGACACUCCAUUGAAGGAAUAAUGUAGAUUAUGGUGUAAUUGAGAGAUUAAUUUUUAUCAAUAAAUUUAGAAUGCUCAAUCUUAAGAAACAAGACCAAAAUAUAAACUAGAUUUUUUUUUAAAGAUAUGCUGCCAUGUGUGUGCAUUUCAGGUGAGUUUAUACAGUGCUAGAAUGAUAAAGUUCAGGAAAUGUUAAUAGGAAUGUAAUUAACCUUUGAGUUUAUGAAACAGCAGGGUGACCUAUAGCAACAAAAUCUGUUAUUUUUAAUUCCUGUGAACAGAUGGGUUUACUUUUAGUUUCAGGUAUCUGAAUAGGUUCUGAGGCUUAUGCCUGGAAAUUAUCACUGUAGGAUUUUUUUUCCUUCUGAAAUGUCACUGCUAGUUUGAGUAAAGCAGGAGUUUUUAACUGGCAUUGGAUAAAUCUCUCUAGUUUCCAUGCAGCACAUUUGCGUACACAUGAAAUAAAAAAAAUUGACAAGACAUAAUCUGAGAUUUCAGGGAAGCAACUUGGUAGAGCAGGUUUUCUUUCCUUGUGUUUAAUUGGCUUAAGAUUUCUUUAUACUGUGUCUAAAGGUGCAAACAAAUUUUGAAUUUUUUUCUAAAAUCUGAUUAUACAUUUUAUACUAAAAUUGAAACAUCAAAUCAAAAUAACAUCCUGUGACUGCUGCAUUUCACCAACUUUGAGGUCAUUUGGCACUGACGGACAUGUCUGAUACAACACAUAGACACGAACAUUUGUGGACAGCAGGGAAGAUCUUGCGCUGGAUCUUUAAUUGCAACAUCGCUACAAAUAUUUCUGCAUCUUUAUGACUUGCUUUUUGCCUCUGUCUCCAAAGCAUCUGUUUGAUUUCUCAUCAUUUCUUUGCAAAUGAUUUGUUAUUGGGUUUUAAAGUUACACAGUGUAGAAACAGACCCUUCAGUCCACCAGGUCUAUGUCGACCAUCAUGCCUAUCUAUACAAAUCCCACUUAACUGCAUUAAUUCCAUAGCUCUCUAUGCCUUACUCAUUCAAGUAUCUGUCCAGAUGCCUCUUACAUUUUGUUACUGUUCUGGCACCUCAUUCCAUAUACUAGCUACUCUUUGUGUGAAAAAUUUACCCCUCGGAUCACCUUUAACCCUCCUCCCACUCACCUUAAGCCUAUGCCCUCUAGUUUUAGACACCCCUACCAUGGGAAACAGACUCUGACUAUCUCCCCUAUAUAUGCCCGUCAUAAAUUUAUAUACUUCUCAGCCUGCUUUGCUCCAGGGAAAACAGAUCCAGCCUAUCCAAUCUCUGCUUAUAACUUAAAGCCCUCCAAUCCAGGCAAUAUCCUGAUGAAUCUUUUCCGCACCCUUUCUAACUUAAUAAUAUCUUACCUGUAGUGUGGCGAUCAGAACUGCACACAAUGCUCCAAAUGUGGCCUAACCAACGUUUUGUACAGCUGGAACAUGAUGUCGCCUUCACCACCCUGUCUAACUGUGUUGCUUCUUUCAGGGAACUAAUGUACCUCAAGAUCUCUGUUCAAGAGCACUUUCCCAGGGCCCUACCUUUCACUGAGUAUGUCCUGCCCUUGUUUAACUUCCCAAAAUGCAUCACUUCAUACUUGUCUGAGUUAAAUUCCAUCUACCAUUCCCUUGUCAACUUUCCCAGUCAAUCUGUAUCCUAUUGUCACCUCGAACAAUCUCCUGCACUGUCUACAAGACCACCAAUUUUGGUGUCAUCUGCAAAAUUAUCAAUUACAUUCUCAUCCUAAUCAUUAAUAUUUAUAAUAACCAACAGAGACCCAGAACUGAUCCCUAGGGCAGACCAUUGAUCACAGGCAUCCAAUAUGAAAAAUAAAACUCCACUGCUUCCCUACCUACAAGCCAAUUUUGUGUCCAAUUGGCUAGCUCACCCUGGAUCCCAUGUGUCCUAACGUUCCAGACCAGCCUGCAAUGCUGGACCUUGUCAGAGGCCUUGCUAAUAUCCAUGUAGACAAUAUUUACCACUCUGCCCUUAUCACUCCUCUUGGAAGUAAGAAAUGAUCUGCUGUCAUCCCCUCUUCCCACCUAACGACCCCUUCACACAAAACACACUCUCGAACCCAACACAUCUUUAUUCUUACUAAAUUUUUGUGGUGUUCAAAGCACAAUCAGUUUCACAAUUUCAAAUCAAGCUUUUUCAGUGAAAGGAGAAAGUUUAAGAGUGAUCUGGAGAAAUCUCAACAAUAGUCAAUGUGAGCCGGUAGAAUUUUGUAAAACUUGCUUUUGUUCUCAAAUUGUGAUGAAUGCAUGUAAUUGAAUCAGCUUUGGUAAGCUGUGCUAAAUUGGGUUUCUCCCCAUCAGAAUAAUUUCUAUUUGUAUCAGAAACUUUUUCUUAUACAGUGGUCUUGUGUGAAAUCUGCAUAGUAUUUCCACACAAAUGCAGCAGUGGUUUGCAUUAUGAGCUGAUCAGGUGUGUUCCUGAGUCCAUGAUUUAGAGUGUAAUGGAAGUUUUGUAAAAAUGAACCAACUUUUAAUUAAAAAGACAUUGUUUAAAGAAAGAUUGGAAUUAUUAUUGCUGCUGAAUAGAGUACUGCCCUGAUUGGGUAGUCAUAAUACUCCAUGCGUUUGAGUCAUCGUCAAGGAAGGUCCCAAGGUCAAUUUCUGACUUGUUUUGCUUUACUGAUCUCGGCCAGAUUAGCAAAAAGAAUGAAUGGCACUGUCCUAGUGGGAAAGGUAAACCAUUGUUCUUCUGAUGGAAAGUGCAUGUUUGUAGAAUUUGGGAUGUCCUUCAUGAUUAAAUAAUCUUCCAACACACCAAAGUAACUUGCAUAUGAUGAAUAACAUUUUUGGUAACUUGCUAGAGCAUACCUGGUUCUUCUGGAGUCUGUACCCCAGCGAGGGUAACCUGUGAGAAAAGGAGGUAGCAUGUGGGGGUGAGGGCAGUGCAGUGGAAUGAAAAAUCAAAUAUUUAAUGUGUUGGAUGAACAUGUGUCCUCUAUCUGCCACGGGUAAGGUAGAACAGUGUAGAUAAUGGUGACGGACCACUGAUAAUUAAACUUGGAUGGGACCCCUCAUCUUCCACAUUGAUUGUAUAUACACAAAGCUACUCUAUUUCAAAAACAGAGUAGAAUAUUAAGUCUGGUCAAACUUGGAUGUAAUGGUCUUGAUGUCCUAUAGUGUUAAGGAAAAUCUGAGAAGCUACCUCGUCAAUGACUAUACAACAUAUUGUGUAAAAUUUAUAUUUGUGCUGAAGGCUGAAACUAUCAAACUUUAAAUAUCAGGUUUUACUUAAAUAGAUGCUUAGAGCAACAUAGAAUUUAUUGCAGUGGUUCAAUUCCAGCCAAAGGUAUAUACAAGCAGGUGAUUUGAUUGGUUUUCUUCUGAAAUGUAUUGAAUUGAUAGUCAUUUGACUUUUCAUCAGUGGUCAAAGUAGUUUAUCUCCAUUCUAUGACAAAGCCAUGUCCAAAGUGAGGCUCAUGAGAGUUGAUGAAAAAUCAGGUCAUGAAACGGACUUGGAGGUAAGAAAAUUUGUCAGCUGAAGACUCUGGAGACAGCUUAGUUUUUUUUAAAUUUAAGUAACUAUUGUGUUAUCUUCAUUGAAUCAUUGUAUCACCCUAUAGAUGUAUAGAGUUGAUUAAAACUAAAUAUUGGAAAUUCCUUCCAGUUGGGAAUGAUAUAUUUUUAAGAAUAUGUACUGCAGUUGUAAGCUGACAAACUGCAUCACACUUGAUGCCCUUGUGAAAGAAAAUAUACAGUUGGAGUUUUUUCAAGUGAUUCCCACAAACCAUUUAAGAUUUGGUUUGUGUCCAGAGUGAUCUGAUAUCUUA